GACACAGCUCUGAACACGAAGUGGCAAUGGAACUACGAACACGCUCUGCACUUCAUCUUCUUCCCAAGCCACCCUUCAACUCCUCCAUCUCCUUCUUCUCCUCCCAACCACUCUCACUCCCCGAACCCAAUCCCCAAGACCAGAAACGCCAUCAGAAAGUUCAAAAGCUUCAAUCAUUACUCCACCAGGAUCGCAUCAAAACCGCACGAAGGUUCCUCAAAUCGCUUCUCCUCUCCAAAACAACCUUCUCUUCCCUCUCUGAACUCCACGCAUUCGUCUCAAAACCCAUAUUUUCUGAUACCCUUUUAUGGCUUUGUUCCAGUCCCAAAACGCUCAACGAUGCCACCGAGCUUUACUCUUCCAUGAGAAAAGACGGCGUUCUCCCCUCUGUGCGUUCUGUCAACCGUUUGUUCGAGACUCUGGUCGGUUCAAAGCAGUUUGAGAAAGUUCUUGCUGUGUUUACUGACAUGGUGGAAUCUGGGAUUCGGCCUGAUGUUGUGUCUUAUGGGAAAGCUGUUGAGGCUGCGGUGAUGUUGAAGGAUCUUGAUAAGGGUUUUGAGUUGAUGGGUUGCAUGGAGAAGGAAAGGGUUGGUCCUUCUGUUUUUGUGUAUAAUUUGGUGUUGGGUGGGUUGUGUAAAGUGAGGAGGGUCAAGGAUGCUCGGAAGCUGUUUGAUGAAAUGUUGCACAGAAACCUGGUUCCGAAUACGGUCACUUAUAAUACGCUUAUCGAUGGGUACUGUAAGGUGGGUGAGAUGGAAAAAGCUUUUAGUUUGAAGGCGAGGAUGAAGGCCCCAAAUGCGGAGCCGAGUGUAAUCACGUAUAAUUGCUUGUUAGGGGGACUUUGUAGUUCGGGGAGGGUGAACGAUGCGAGGGAGGUGUUGGUGGAGAUGGAGGGGAAUGGUUUUUUGCCUGGUGGGUUUUCGCGUAUUGUGUUUGAUGAUGAUUCAGCGUGUUCAAAUGGUAAUGGCUCGUUGCGUGCAAAUGUAGCAGCAAGGAUUGAUGAGCGUACUUAUAGUGCUUUGUUGAAUGGAUUUUGCAGGGUGGGUAGGAUUGAAAAGGCCAAGGAGGUUUUGGCCAAGCUUGUGGAGAAUGGAGUUGUUCCGAGCCAGAUAUCAUAUAAUAUACUAGUGAAUGCAUAUUGCCAUGAGGGUUACGUUGAGAAAGCUAUACAGACAGCUGAACAAAUGGAGGAAAGAGGGUUGAAACCUAGUUAUGUCACCUUCAAUACUCUGAUUAACAAGUUCUGCGAAACUGGGGAGGUGGACCAGGCUGAGAGAUGGGUUAAGAAGAUGCUGGAGAAGGGUAUUGCCCCGACUCUGGAGACGUAUAAUUCUUUAAUAAAUGGAUAUGGCCGAAUUAGCAAUUUUGUCAAGUGUUUUGAGAUUCUUGAAGAAAUCGAAAAGAAAGGGAUGAAGCCUAAUGUUAUAAGCUACGGUUCUCUGAUCAAUUGUCUAUGCAAGGAUCGUAAGCUUCUUGAUGCUGAGAUUGUGCUAGGGGAUAUGGCAAGUCGUGGAGUUUCUCCAAAUGCAGAAAUAUAUAAUAUGCUCAUUGAAGCUAGUUGCUCAUUGAGUAAAUUAAAAGAUGCCUUCAGAUUUUUGGAUGAAAUGAUAAAAAAUGGAAUAGAUGCAACUCUUGUGACAUAUAAUACCCUGAUACAUGGGCUGGGAAGAAAUGGAAGGUUGGCGGAAGCCGAGGAUAUGUUUCUCCUAAUGACUAGCAAAGGAUAUAAGCCGGAUGUGAUAACAUACAAUUCCCUGAUCUCCGGAUAUGCCAAUUUAGGAAACACCAAGAGAUGCCUUGAAUUGUAUGACAAUAUGAAGACGCAAGGCAUAAAGCCCUCAAUUGGGACUUUCCACCCUUUGAUCAAUGAAUGCAAGAAGGAAGGUGUGGUGACAAUGGAGAAAAUGUUUCAAGAAAUAUUGCAGAUGGAUUUGGAUCCAGAUCGAGUUGUUUAUAAUGAGAUGAUUUACGGUUAUGCUGAAGAUGGAAAUGUUCUGAAGGCAAUGUCUUUGUAUCAACAGAUGAUUGAUCAGGGAGUGGAUUCUGACAAGGUGACUUACAAUUACUUGAUUCUAGCACACCUUAGAGAUAGAAAGGUUUCCGAAACAAAGCAUCUUAUUGAUGAUAUGAAGGCCAAGGGACUGGUUCCAAAAACUGAUACAUAUAACAUUCUGGUUAAGGGACAUUGUGACUUACAAGAUUUCAGUGGUGCGUAUUUCUGGUAUAGGGAAAUGUCAGACAGUGGUUUGUGUUUAAAUAGUGGAAUCAGCUAUCAGCUGAUAUCAGGACUUAGAGAGGAGGGAAUGCUGCAAGAGGCUCAAGUUGUGUCCUCAGAAUUGAGUAGUAGAGAACUGAAAGAAGACUGACAAAAAUAAUACACACCACUGUUGUGUUCUAUCAAUCAUUCUUUUGCUGAUAUUAUAGGCUUGCUGUUACCCUUGGAGAGGAGACGAAGUCUGAUACCCGGGGAUUAGAAGUUAAAUAAGCACAAGCUCUACCUUGUCGGAAUUCUCAUAUUCUAAAGGUUACCUCUUAUUGUAAGUUUUUAACGGAUUUUUGCUGGUUAUAUUAUCAACUUCAAAGAAAUAUCUUCACUAAAGGAUCAUGCAUCACUUAGCUGGUUGUCAUUGUUGAUAGUUGUUUGUGAGGCUGAAAUUCUACCAGACCUGUCAAAAAGGAACAAAUGGUAAUAAACUUUCGGUACAGUUACAGAGACAUGUGAUGGCAAGCUUGUCUAAAUAUGACAAGGAUCUAAAGAAAAUGCCAGAAAAGUUUCAGUAACCAAGAGAAUCAUUCCAAACUUGUAUUUGGCAUAUCCUUCUUUUGCAUAGGAUGAUAUUUGAACUGCUCAACAAAUUAAGCAUGAAUUUGGUAGACCUGACUGACUCGUUUAGAAAGAUUGCAUGUCAAAGUAGAGUUGUAACUGGUAAGAUUAACUAAAAAGCUUGAGUUCGAAUGUUGCUGGAAGUUUGGUUGUCUGGCAAACAUAAAAUAGAUUACUCAUUGUAAUGGGGCAAAUCUUGUGUUGCAUUUUCACACUAAUAUUAUUGUUUCCUCUAUCAAUUUAUACUAGAUAGUUUCUAGUUUCAAAUGAAUUGUUGAGACUUGGCAAUGUCAAGUGAAAUAGUGUCUAUCUCUUACUUAAAAGGAGAUAGAUACAAAAUAUUUGAGGAAACUUGAGAUUGAGAGAGAUU